UCCGACCACCUUGAAGGUGCAUAACAGCUGCACACGAAGGUUCCAUUGAAAUUUGUUUUCUUCAUCCGACCACCUUGGAGGUGCAUAACAGCUGCACACGAAGGUUCCAUUGAUUUUUGCUACCACAAAACUUUCGAAUGAUUUCUUGAUCACUUCUUGCAUUGGGAAUUCACCCACGACCUGUAUCGCCGCUAUCUGGGCUCUGUCCGUUACCCAGUUGCCAUUCUCGUGGGGGCACCCGUUACGGCUCUGCGAUGAUUACAACAUCACACUUGUUCUCUGUUAUCAAGACUGCCACAACAGUUGCUGUUCGACGUCGCAAUGAUUUGUAACAAUUGAAUUAACAGUGUACAAAGCUUCUUUAAAUUUAGACCUUUGCAACAUGUGCGCCAUCUCUCCAUUUGAAUGAGACAUCUGAAGCUUUUUUAAUUCGGAAAGUCGACAUAGCAUGUCUCGUGAGUUCGUGUGAGUUACUCCAUAGAUCUCAUUCAGCUGACCAAAAGAGAAGUUUAAAAUAAAACCUAGCUGAUCUAACUCCAACGAAUAGCAAAAUCUCAGCUACCUUUUUUGUAUAGAAGUAUACAAAGCAAAGGUAGAAUGAGAUCGGAGAAAAUGAAAAUGAUAAAGAUGAAAUGAGAUGGGGUGCUAUCAAAUUGCGUUCACAAUAAAAUAGGUACGCAAUUGGGAGGGAUUUAUAAAAACUAAAUUUUCGUCGGACAUUUGGAUUCUCGUGCGGUUCGUCAACGUAUCUAAAUCGGUGUACGUAAAGUUCAUGAAUUUUGAACAAAGUUUCAAAGAUUUAGCUCAAAACGAAAUCAAAAGUUUUAUGUAUGAAUUAUGCCAAAGAAAAAUGAAAAACCAUUUUGAAAGUUGAAAAUAAUUGUGCAGGUGAAAAUCUGAGAAUAUCAAGUGGUGUAAAAACUUCUAAUAAUUGUGCCCAAUUUUCUUAGAUAGUUUUUCAUGCUAGGGAAGCCAUUUUGUACCUCAAUCUCCCCCGUGGUGUGAACUAAUUUCUUUUUGUAAAAAGGUGUAUCCCGCUGGUCAACGCGGGAGCCUAUGCGAGGCCGUGCAGUGUGUCCUCGGUUGAGAAACCCUGUGUUGAAGUAUCCGUCACCGAGUCGGACCACCCCUGCACCUUAACCACUCUCACGCGAGCUCCCAAACACCACGCAACAUCGGAAAGCUCACCAUCUCGCCGCUUGUCGCAUCGUGGGUAAGCCCUCCUAUUACCGGUGCUUACCAGAACGCAGCUAGAAACAUCGCACGAACGAUACGCAUGGUACGGAAGCUUACGAGCGUGCCACCUACUGGCAAGUAGUUGAAGCUCGUCUACACGUAGUGGAAUACGCGACACAUACAGCUGCAAAUUGGAAGUGAGCUACCGAAUUGAAUGCGCCGCCUGCCCGUGGAAGCUCGAACUAAUUGGUGAGGGAUCAAUUGCAUGUGCAUGCCGAAGGUCACGUGGACGAAGAAUCAUCAUUGGAUGGUUUCGAUCGAAGCACCGGUGGAUUCCUGAACUGCUGAACGGUUCGACGAAGAGUCAACAGGUUUGCCGACAGAAAAGGUCAGAGCUUUGAUUUGUAUAUAUUUUUUUCCCUAGAUUUAAGACCACAUUUAGCUUUAGGUACCUACUUGAAAUUUGGUGACGUCACCUUUAGGAAAACGUUAGGCCUCUGUAUCCUACCGUGAACUUUAAAUAAACAGGAUUUGAAAUUGGUAGGCCAACGCCGAUUCGAAGGUUGACGAAUAAAACGAUUUGAGUUGCUUUAUAUUAUUUAACGAAAUUGUCUCAUUUAGUCUUUUUCGUUCUUGGUUGAAUUGAUUUAGAGUAAGUUUAGAUUUUCGGUUAAAAUUUUCUUGAAUUUGGUUAGUUCAGUUGGGUGUUCUUUGAAACCUAUCUUGGGGUUAGCUAAGGUGAUCGGUGUUUGAGGGAAUAAACCAACCUGCCCUAGAAAGAGCCUCUGCCGGGCCAUUAACAGCCUCAGCAGUCUCACUUUGGUGAGUGGCGCUUAAACUGCUGCUGGUCUCGUACCCAAAGCAUUCGUUACAUUUUGGCGCCCAACGUGGGGCCCGAAGGAUAUUCUAUUAGUUUUCGAGUUAGAUAAUCGAUAAUUUGGAUUGAACUUUAAUGAUAUGUGUAAAGAAUUUUAGUUGAAUUCGAUUAGUAAAUUAGAUUAUUAUUAUUAAAUUGAAAUUUUCUACCUGAAUUUGAUUGUGCUUAAGGUCUGUAGAACCUUAGUAACAAAUUGAAUAGAUAUUUGAAUUUUGAUUUUUUUUUCUCCUGUGUAAGUACGAAAGUAGUAGGAUGGAUGGCUAUCGUAUUAAUGCGAAUGACCUCCUUGAAGAGGAGUUGGACUACGAACUAAGUAUUCGGUCCCAACCAACUAACGUACCGAUUGUUGCCAAGCGUCGGUCUCUCCGCAAAUGGCUAAGAGGUAACGAAGAUCCGAACUUUAUAUUGAAGUCUCGGUAUGAAUUAGCUCGGGAUUAUGUGACUAUUCCCUACAAACUCGAAGAAAUCGAGGAUCAAAUAAUCAAUGGAAGGAGUGCCGGUUGUCUAUCGCGAUUGGUGCAUUAUCAUAAACGUGUUCGGCGUUACGUGGUUCAAACGGAGAAACAGAAGGAUCAACAGAGAAUGUUAUUGUAUGUGAUUACUCAAUUGGCAGUGAAAUAUUUUGCAGCGGAUUUUAGUGAAGUGAUGUGGAUGGUACCAACGUGCCAAAUUGUGCCAAUGUCGACUCAGCUACCGAUGGCUUCAACCACCAGUCAGGACCAGCAAUCGGUGGCGGGACCCAGUGGAGUGCAGCAGACAAUGGAGGCCCCUUCUGGAACAGUCGGUAGUGAGCCGCCUGGCAUUUUCUCAGAUGAUCGGGAAAUGAAGAGCGCCCCGUUGAGCACUGCUGUUCCGGUCAACGAACAGUAUGAAGCGAGAGCGACCGAGGAAGAAGGAGCCGUGGGAGUCUUGUCCGUCACACAGCCGCAUAACAAUCCGUUUAUUCCGCCGGAUAACCUACCAACCUACCGUAGGUCUGAUUAUGUGGGUCGAAAUGCCAUAGUUGAGUCCGAUCGACGUCGGUCUGCUCCUGGAUUUUUGAGUAAUCCUACGGUUCAGUCCCUGAAGGAGCAGCCUCGGACCAGCAGUUCUCCAAUUGGAACAGAGGGACCAGCUCAUCCGAUCCUCUCGGCUAGUUUCUUAGACAAGACGUUCUACACUCCUCCGUUUCAAACCAACCUUGCUCAACCACGUUUGGGUAGGCCGUUUCAUCCUGAGCAUCUGUCAGUAUCGCAACCCCUGCCGGAAAGGGAAUCGGUUAGACAGGCCGAUCAACCACGGGUCGAGGGAGCAACCUCCCCGGUACCUAGUAACCCUGAAAGAAAUGGCAGAAAUAUGAGUGGAUAUGUUCAUGCGACGCAGAUUGAAAACUACGUUAAAGCCUACCUGGACAGAUUAAUAGACAGUGGUUCUCAGCGUAUGACGCCCCCGGACGUUGAUGUAAGCCGGUUGGCCGAUCGGAUUACUAAUAUUGGAUUUCGGGAGACUGAGGCUUUCCAGAUUUCUCGCGGUGAUAUGAGAGGUUUAAUAACGCCUGACCAAUCACCCGUUGCACCAUUGCAGUUGUCGUCACAGAAUCGUGAAGAACGGGUUCCAUUGAGCUCUGAUGUGGGAUGCAGACCAACGCCGACAAAUAAUCGUCCUAUCUCGCCGCGAGACCCAUAUUCGAUGCCUCGUCAAGGUAUUCCGCAGCAACCACGAGGAACAUUUUCGAACCCAUACGAUUCUUCAGAAGUUCCCAAUGCUCAGGGGUCAUCUGGGCAUGCACGACGUCAACCCCAUCAGCAAUGUAACAUUAUUGAGAAGUGGCCAAAAUUUAGCGGAGACAAUAAUGCUAUUCCGGUAACGGAUUUUUUACGUCAGAUAGACAUUUUAUGCCGGUCAUAUGACAUAAGCAAGCCGGAGUUGAGAAUGCAUGCGCAUCUCUUGUUUAAAGAGAAUGCCUAUGUGUGGUACACGACCUAUGUGGAUCGCUUUCAGAAUUGGGAAACUCUGGAGAGUUAUCUGAAAAUGCGGUACGAUAAUCCCAAUCGGGACCGUAUCGUCAAGGAGGAGCUUCGAAACCGCAAGCAACGACCAAAUGAGCUGUUUAGCGCUUAUCUAGCCGACAUCGAGAUGCUUGCUCAGCGCCUGAACAGUAAAAUGACGGAAAGGGAAAAAUAUGAGCUGAUCGUGGAAAACAUGAAGAUUGGGUAUAAACGACGCUUAGCCUUGGAGCCGAUAAAUUCAAUCGAGCACUUAGCCCAAAUGUGCUACAAAUUUGACGCUCUUGAGCCAAAUUUGUAUGCAACGGGAGCACAAGCUAAGCCGUCCUUACAUCAACUAUCCGCUGAAGAAAAUGACGCAGCUGAAUAUGACCCGGAGGAUUUAGAACAAGUUUUUGCCUUACAAAAGCGUUUUGGGAGAUUUCCACGUGGUAAUAAGGAUGCCAAGGCAAUUUCGGGCUCGGAGAACCUCAUGACCCCCGCUUCUACACAGCUGCUGUGUUGGAACUGUAGGCAAUCCGGACAUCUUUGGAAAGACUGUGACCAGAAAAAGGAACUGUUUUGUCACAUCUGUGGACAGGCGGAUACCACCGCGUUUCGGUGCCCUAAUCGGCACAAUUUGAAGCCACGAGACGAUGAAGAAUCAAAAAACGAAUAGAAGAGGAACGGUUAGGGAAUUGCUCUUCCUCAUUAGUCGAAAAUCAAAUUCCCCAUAUCCCCUAUUCACCGUUUAGCAAGGUCCUGCAGAUUGAUACGCGAGUGCACAAAUGUCCUCAUCUUAAAAUCCAGAUUAUG